CAAAAAAAAACAAACAAACUAUAAAAUAUACUGAGGUCAGCUACGUUUUAAGAUAAAUGAACCAAAUACGAAUCCGAAAGUGUCCUGUUUAAUUGAAAAGGGUUGGUCAUGCCUGCAAUGUAUUCUGUCGCUUGAGGGCUACCAUACACAAUAUGCAAUGCCAACUGAGGCCCUCUAGCGGAAGAAACCUGAACUGCUGCCAAUAGAACGAAAACCAGGAAGUCUAGUCAUGCCAGGUCUCAUAGUCGCAGUUGGGAUCGGAAUUGCAGUUUAUAUUCUGAUCUAUUACAAUAUUUUCAAAGGUCCAAAAUGCAAAAGUUCUGCAACUCUGGUGGGGAAAACAGCAGUGGUCACAGGUGGCAACACUGGCAUUGGGAAGGCGACCGCUCUGGACCUGGCAAAGCGAGGCGCCAGAGUCAUACUGGCGUGCCGCAGUAAAGAGCGAGCGGAGGCGGCAGUGUUUGACAUCAGAAAGGAGAGCAACAAUAACCAGGUGCUGUUCAUGCAGCUGGACCUGGGGAGCCUGCAGUCUGUCAGAUCCUUCUCUGAAACAUUCCUUAAAACAGAGCCUCGACUGGACAUCCUCAUCAAUAACGCAGGGGUCGGAGGGCAUGGCCAGACCGCUGACGGCUUCGAGCUGCACUUCGGUGUCAAUCACCUGGGUCACUUCCUGCUGACCGCUCUGCUGCUGGAGCGCCUGAAGCAGGCGGAAGCUGGCCGCGUGGUCACUGUGUCCUCGCUGGCCUAUUGCUACGGGAGAGUGGACUUCAGCACCCUGGGCACUCCGGUCUCCCCCCACGCCUCGUCCUGGGUGAACACGCAGGGGUACUGCCACAGCAAGCUGUGCAACAUCCUGUUCACUCGUGAGCUGGCUAACAAGCUGGAAGGGAGCACAGUCACCUGCUACUCUGUACACCCAGGGUUUGUCUACACCAAGGUCUUCAGAGACAUGAAGACCUGGCAGAAGCUGUUCUUCAUCCCCGUCGCAAAGCUGUUCUUCCGGGACCCAGAGGGGGGCGCUCAGACCUCCAUCCACUGCGCCGUUCAGGAGGGCAUCGAGAUGCUUAGCGGCCGCUACUUCGCAGACUGCAGCGUGCAGGAGGUGGGCGCCCAUGCCCGGGACGACGGUGUCGCCAGGAAGCUGUGGGAGGUCAGCGAGAGGCUGGCGGGACUCGUCUGAGCCAGCGGAGCGGGCUGAGCUGGGAUUAGCGACUUGAAGCUAAAUAUAACCAAGCUACUAGAAACGUUUAACAUGGGUGUGGUUUUAAAUGGUAAAGGAUAACAUACAGUGUAUGCUUUUAGAGAGCUAAUAUGUGUUGCAUAUUACGGGAUUCAGUAAAGGCAGUUAGAAUACAGGUGUGUACCAAACACUGAAAUGCACAUUGCAUACUCGUUUAGAAAUUCCAGCACACAGUUGGACAGACUGCUGGCUGGAGAUCGGUGUAGUUCCAUGGAAGGAACAGAAGAGGGCGCUGUUUGUUUUCACCUUGAAAAGAAAAGAAGCAGACUGCUGGCGUUUCCUACACGUGGGUCUGGUGCAGGAAAGGGUCGUGUUGAAACGGCAGGAGGUUGGUUCAGCUAUCCUUAUAAUUUCAGUGCCUAGUUUAAUUAGUUUUAAACUGUUUGAGCAAAAUAAUGAGGACCAUAUGAGGUCCAAUAGCGAUACGAAGACUACUUUGUUAAUAACAAUAUAACAAAAUAACGCUGUCAUAAUUAUUUAAUAAAACGACACAAUUUUAA